AUGAGUUCAAGUUGUGAAAGAAUAGAAUGGGUGGAAAUUAUCGAGCCGCGCACCAAGGAGCAUAUGUACGCCAAUCUAACAACUGGCGAGUGCGUCUGGGAUCCACCCGAAGAUGUGCCAAUUAAGCGCACCGACUCAUCACAGUGGUGGGAACUGUUUGAUACAAAUACACAACGCUUCUAUUACUAUAAUGCGGCGACACAGAAGACCGUGUGGCAUCGGCCGAGCAAGUGUGAUAUCAUUCCGCUGGCCAAACUCCAGACGCUCAAACAGAAUACCGAUCCCAGUGAGCGACGGGAGCAGACAACGCCACAGAAGCAAUCGUCGCUGCAAAAACAUCCACAGCAACAGCUACAACAACAACAACAAGGUUCGCCCAUGUCAGCGGCCAACAAAAAAGGGCGUGGCCAGCGAGCAAGUGGCGGCAAUGGCCAAGUUGCCAGCUCUGAGGAGAAACUGAGCACCGAUAUGAUCUCUAGUCCACGAGGCCGACAAAGUUUUCGCGUCGGCACGGGUGACUCAUCCCGUUCCAUGGACAUGCAACAAUCGCCGCAACAACAGCAACAACAACAUCAGCAGGGUUAUGCCUGUCGACGUUCCCAAGACUCGUGCAAUCACUACAAGGAAUCUGGAAAGUCAAGCGAUUCCAGUCUGUCCAGCGCUCAUGGAUAUCGUCGCUUCAAUGAUGCCUCCAAUGGUGCACCUUUGCCGAAUGAUGCACUGCGUCUGGGAUCUUUGCAGAAACAACAACGCUCUGGCAAGGAUAACGGCGCCUUUGAAAUGUUGCAAGAAAGCACAAGCUCACAUAAUUUACCGCAUGGUUCGUCCUCCUCUUCAUCCUAUGUUGGUGGUAGUGUCGUCGGUGACAGCAAUAAGUACUUUGAUCAUCAGCUUCUGCCCAGCCACAUGCAGGGCUAUUGCUCCUCCAAGUCAUCCGAUAUUGCCUCACCCACUCAUUCGAUACAGACGCCGCAGGCGCAGAAGAAGAAAAUCUCUCCAGAUGCCGAACGUCAGUACAAUUACGCACAACAGCAACAACAACAGCAGCAGCAGCAACAACAACGCAAUGCACAACGUUCGGCUGGAGGCGGCAGCGGAAGUGUCGCAGCUUCUGGCAAAUCCUAUGGUGCACCUAUUGCAGAUCGCGAGUACAAGGUAUCCUUGGCUCGCUCCGGUAGCUUUAUGUCCUCGUCCAUUAAUCCUGCUGCUGCGGGACAUCACAGCAAAUCUUAUCGCAAGAGUAGCGCUGAGGCAAACGGCAGCAGCGGCGGUGCUGGUGGUGGUGCGGCCAGCGAUGAUUCAAUGCACGAAAAGUACUUUAAGUCUGUGGAGAAUACUCCGCUGUCUCGACGACGUCACACAACCAAUGCUAAGGGUCAUGGUAAUGGCGGUGGUGGUGGUGGCGGUGGCGGUGCAAGUGGCAGUAAUACAGCCACCAGCACCGCCGGCAGUGGCAGCAGUAGCCACAAGAAACACUCAAGCGACUCCAGUCCGCAGAGUCCAAUCAGUCCGCAGACGAAAAGUUCACGUCAGGCCAAAACCAGCGCCACAAAUCCACCGCCGCAGCUGCAGCUUCAGCAUUCACCUCGCAUACAGGAUCCCAAUUGUGGUUCAGAUCUUCUCAGUCUGGAGCGCAUGUCACUUGUCAAGGCAGCACCAAUUUCACCAAGCGGCUGUUCCGAUAAUCUUGGCAUGAUGACGCACUCAUCUCGUGGGUCGAAUGAUUCAGCGGCUAGGCGUCAAAAGUCCAAUAGCUCUACGGCAAAUCGUUCGCAGUCUCAUCACUUUCCUGGUCAGGGCUCUUUGAAACACAGUGCCAGCUCAAGUUUGGAUAAACGUGGCUAUUAUCCACUUCAAAGUGGCAGUGGUGGUGGCGAGAAGCGUGAUUCGAGACGCUCCAAGACGCAUCAUCAUCAUCAGCAGCAUCUACAGCCGGACAACAGCGAUGUAGAAUAUGAUAAUGGCAACAUUUCACCAUUGUACAGCAACUGUGGCCAGGAGAUGCCCCAUCUUCUGCCGCUCAAGCAUUACAUCAUCGAGCAGGCCAAGCUCUUUAAUCGCUAUGAUUAUGGCGCUGAUGGAGAAGGCGCUGGCGACUCGGAUUCUUAUCACUCGGAUAGUCAGUCAGAGCAUUCGCUAUCUGGCCAUGAGCCGGAUAAUGAGGACUCCGAUGGCGGCUCCGAUACGCAUGGCGGUUACUUGGAGCACAACUAUGGCAUGAUCGAUGACUAUGCUAACAUGGGCGACAGCGUCUCCUACUAUGCCUAUCAGUAUCCGCCCUACGAUCCAGCAGGACGUGAGGAUAUUUCCGACAACGUGGAGGCUGUGCUGGAAGGUAUUGGUGGCAACACGGAGCCAGCUUCAGUGCCCAAACCGAAGCCACGCUAUCAGAUCUCAUACUAUGACACCGUCUCGCACAGUCCAUCAUCAUCAGUGGGUCAGGGGCAUCAGUACAACCAGCAUAAUCAACAGCUGUAUUCGAAUACGCCAUCAUAUCCGUUUGCCAGUCAUGGACAUGGCUUGGGUCAGCCACCGGCACCACCGCAUCAGCAGCAGUUACAUUUGGAUCCCAGCGAUGCGUCCACAGCCAAGCAGAAACAAUCACAAACGUUGCCCUCGCCCAAUCGUCAAAUCUCUCGCCUAGUCGCCGGUCAGUUAACCAAAGAGGAUACCAAUCAACAGCAGCAGCAGCAGCAACAACAGUUGCCGUCUGCAAAUGCAGCCCACUCGGCAGUCAUCAGCAGUCUCAGCCGAGGUGGGAAUCACAAACUGACACCGCCAACUCUUAAACCCACCAUUCAGCAGAUCUUUCCGCCCAGCGAGCGUGCACCGGCAACAACGCUGGCCUGCAUGAAGGAAUGUGAUAUUGAGAAGUUCGCUGCGGACAAUCUGAAUCUUCAUUCGAAGGGAAUCUUUCGUAAGAAGGCUUCCGUGCGCGAUAUGCUCAGCUGGACGGCGGAGGCGAUUGGUAGGCCCAUGUUAGCCCUAUCACGUGACAAGGCAGACAAGAAGAAGGCCAUUGAUAUGUUUAAGCUGGUGCAAAUCUACAUGGCUGAUCGCAAGGCGCGCUUGGGCAUGAACCUCAACUCGGUGGCCAUAGACAUAAUCACCGCAUCACUUCCCCAACAGCAAUUAAGAGAUGAGCUGUAUGUGCAGUUGUGCCGACAAACAACAGAGAAUCCAAAGCGAGAGUCGUUAAUUCGUGGAUGGGAGCUAAUGGCCAUUUGUCUGUCAUUUGUGCCGCCUUCGCCAACGUUUCAGCCCACGUUGCUCAACUAUGUAAAUCGUCAUCGUGAUCCCUCGUUUGCCACCGGCUUCAUGGAGGUUUGCAAAUGGCCCAUACAUGUGCAAAUUUCGCACUAUGCAACUGUUUGCUGUCGUCGCUUGGAUCGCAUUGGCAGCAGCGGUCGCCGUUUGGCCAAGAAACCGACCGUGGAUGAAGUGGAACAGGCGCGGCACCAAAUCCUGCACAAUAGUAUGUUUGGCAAUACACUUUCCGAAGUGAUGGAACUGCAAAAGGACAAAUUUCCGUUUCGAAAGCUGCCCUGGAUACAAACCACGCUAUCGGAGCAUGUACUUUUGCUCAAUGGAAAACAAACAGAGGGCAUUUUUCGUGUGUCCGCCGAUUUGGAUGAAGUCAAUUGCAUGAAGAAUCGCUUGGACUAUUGGGAUGUUCCUGAUUAUAAGAACACAAUGGUUGAUGCCCAUACUCCUGCUAGUCUACUUAAGCUUUGGUAUCGUGAACUGUACGAUCCGCUUAUACCCGAUGAUUAUUACGAGGAUUGCGUGAAUACUGAGGAUCCCGAUAAAGCCAAAGAAAUAGUUAAUAAGUUGCCUCAAAUAAAUCAACUGGUCCUAACGUAUUUAAUACACUUUCUGCAACAAUUCUCCAAUCCGGAGGUGGUUAGUUGCACCAAAAUGGAUUCAUCGAAUCUGGCCAUGGUGUUUGCGCCAAAUUGCUUGCGCUGCACUUCAGAUGAUCCCAAGGUGAUACUGGAGAAUGCGCGCAAGGAAAUGUCCUUCAUACACGUUUUAAUACAAAACAUGGACACGGCACAUGUGACCAAUCUGGUUUAAAGCUUUGACAGCUGCAGCUUAGGUGUAAACAAAUUAACCAAAAACCAAUGGAAAAACCCCUAAACAUAUGUAAACGUUAUUAACCUAUCCUAACUUACUUAAUUACUUACCUAUGCAAUUUAACUUGACCUUAAAUUUGUAUUUAUACAAAUGAAAUAAUGUAUUUAUGUCAAAUGAGUAUCAAAGAGCUCCUAACUAACUCCUAAAUUUAACUCAAAUAAUUUUGCUGCUCGAAUUUUCUCACAAACUGCUUCGAAAUUAAUAAAUUAUUUUUUUAUAUAUCUAGGCCGCUUAUUUUUUUAACAACUAAUACUCAGAAUUGUAACGUGUAGUGCUUUUCAAACCAAAAAGAUGAAUCCAAUACAGAGAAAUGAAUUUGUAAUUGUUCAAGUCAAGUUAAAGUUAAUAACUUGUAAACUUAUUGUGUGCAUGCCUAGUUACGUGUGAAAUUGUAGUUUAAUUUAUUUAUUUCGCAUUUUAAUUUAUGGUAUUUCACGCAGGAAAACAGCAAAAUACUCAAACUCAAAGUAACUCUCAAAAAUAAAGCAUUGAACAACUUGUGAAAGAUAUAAAUAUUUAAAUAUAUAUACAUUAUAAAUAUAAAUAAAUGUACUGUAAGCAAAUGCAAUAACUGAAUAAAAAUUAUUAAAUAAAUCUGCUUAUAAAUUACUUGCAGCAACUUAGUGCUAUAUAUAUAUUUAUAUAUACCUAUAAAUACAAAAAUUUAUUCGUAUGCAUUAAAUAUUUAAUGAAUAACAAUAAAAUUAUUUAUAAAUUCGAAAGCUGCGCAACAAUUUAAUUAAUUAGUAAACAAGUGUUAUACUAUAGUAUUACACAUAUUCAAACUAUAAGAACCAGCAGAGAUAUUUAAAAAGUUGAAGCGAAAACCCAAUUGAACAUAUAUAAAUAUGUACGUAUGUAUGUAAAACCCUAUGGAUAUUGAGAUAUGAAACACGAGAAUGAAUAAAGUUAUAUAAAUAAAGAGCCAAAAUAUUAAUUUCUAAA